AUGUCUGAAAUAUUCACUGCAAUCUCAGAGCUGGGGUAUGCAUCUCCGGGAACAGCACUGCAGGUACGCAUUCUCCGUACAUGGACGCCACAGGUCCGAGGUCAUGAAACCUGGUUUUUAGCGGUCGACAAAUAUGGUGAUGCAAUCCAAAUUCUUGGUCAAAGAAAGGAUCAAGGCUUUGUACAAUCUGCUCUUGCUAUUUCUAAAUGCUACACGUUGACUAAAUAUGGAUGUGGAGAACCAGACGCAUACCAGAAAUGGUUACACAAUCCAGUAUACAUCGCUGUUGGCACCGCGUCCUGUAUUACCUCUAUCCCAGACACAGUUACUAUUCCAACACACUGUGGUGAAGAUAUUGCGAUAAGCUUGUGGAAAGAAUGCACUGACGCACCUUCAAAAUUUAAUCGGAACGCAAUUCAGAAUGCACCUGCUCCUACUGUCAUUGCUGUCACAAACGUCCGAAUCAUGGAUUAUGGUGGUUCAUUAAGAUUAGGAACUAGUAGUGCAACCCACAUAUACGUAAACCCACCUAUCAAAGAAACAGAUACACUUCUGGACAGCUACAAGAUAAAUGCUGCUUCAAUACCUCUGUUUGGACUUCCAGUGCCACUUACAGAGAUAAAUGAGAAAAAACAUUCAGAUCUCUUGGAAAAAACUUUUACAACAGAGGCAUCCAUAAUAGAGUACGUUUUUUCAGAUUAUUGGUACCAAGUUUUCUGUCCACAGUGUAAGAUAUCAACACUAAAACAAGGAAAGGACUGGUUCUGUCCAUCACACGGAACGAUCACCUCUCCAACUCCCAUGUACAAGCUUAUGGCAACAAUUACGGACCCAACUUCCUCAAUGACGGUUACCUUAUCUGACAACGCUAGCCAGAAAAUAUUUGGAACAACAGCAGAUAAACUCAUACUAGAAGGCGACCCAAACCAUAGGAAAAAAUUGCCCAACAUUAUAAAAGAGACUGAAGGUAUCACAAAAAAGAUGAAAUUAAGGAUCACAAACACGUCAACUGAAAGGAACAUCCGUUUCAUAAUAACUGAUAUCGAAGACAACUCUUCUCAAUCAUCAUCAAUAACAACCCCACCUUCAGAAAAUACAUCCUCCUCUAAUGUUCCUCAUAAAACACCUACGUGUUCAUCCGCACAAAAUCAACCCAAAGUCAAGAGGGCAUUAAAUUUUGAAAAUACAGGUAUGGACAAAUCUGAUGCAGGCCCGAAACGAGCACGUUGGUCGCAAUAA